CUUAGCUGCCCUCCAAACCUUGGGAACCAAACGGAUAAUUAUAUUACAAUUAUCUGGUGGAACUAGCCAUUGCCGUCCGGAAAUUCGGAGUACUUCUAUAUGCCGAACAUUUUGGAUUAGAGACGGAGUCUUAGCUGAUGGAUACGCCGACGCGAAUACUUGUGUGCGGGGGAGGAAAUGGCGCUCACACGUUGGCGGCAACCGCAGCUGCCAUGACCAAUGUGGAGGUCAACGUUAUGACGCUGUAUUCCGAUGAAGCACAACGAUGGAGAAACAUCCUCGGGAGGGACAGUAUCGUCGUUGAAGUAUUCUACAAUGAUGGAUCUACAGGUAAACUUGAAGGGAAGCCAAGAAUGAUUACGAAAGAUCCUGCCAAAUCCAUGGAGGGUGUAGAUGCCAUUUUCUUUGUUGUACCUGCAUUCGCGCAUCAGCAGUAUUUCGAAGCUAUAACCAAAUACAUCAAGCCGAAUACGAUAGUUAUCGGGAUGCCUGGUCAGGCUGGUUUUGAAUUUCAAGCAUUGAAACACUUAAAAGAUGCUGCUAAGCUGUGUGGUGUCAUUAGUCUUGAGUCACUGCCAUGGGCAUGCAGAAUAUUAGAGUUUGGCAGGCGGGUGCAGGUUUUAGGUUUCAAAGACGUUCUCGGCGCAUCAGUUAUUCCAGGGAAGGGUAAGUAUAAAGUAUCGCCUCUAGAGUUUGCUCAAAGGAUCAUGGGUGCAAAACCUGUGUUGAAAGCAACACAGAACUACAUAGCGGUUAAUUUAAUGGCAAAAUCGAUUGUCCAUCCGCCUGUUUUGUACGGAAAGUGGAGGAACUGGGACGGGAAUCCAUUACCCGAACCCCCGCUGUUCUACCAAGGUGUUGACGAUAUUCAAGCUGAUAUGCUCACCAAAGUUAGCAAUGAGGUCGUGGCAACCGCAAAGGAGAUUGAAAGACAAAAUAAUGAGCUGGAUAUGUCGGCAGUUAUUCAUGUUCUCAACUGGUACAGAUUAUACUACAGCGAGCAAAUUAGCGACGAUAGUUCCCUGCGCUCUUGCAUGGUAACAAACUCGGCGUACAACGGCCUUUUGCACCCAAUGAAGAAAGUAGAAGGCGGUUAUGUUCCGGACUUCAACUUCAGAUACACCGCUGAAGAUGUCCCUUUUGGGUUGGUUGUGAUGAAGGGUAUCGCUGAAUGCGUAGGAAUGAAAACACCAACCCUCGACGAAGUGAUAGUGUGGGCACAGGAGAAGCUCGGCAAGGAGUACGUUGUUGGCUCUCGCCUUAAAGGAAAAGACGUUGGUGAAACACGAGCUCCGCAGGCGUUUGGGUUCACAACUAUAAAUGACCUUUGCAGCGUGCUUUAAACAUGGAUUAUUCGUCAGUCAAAACAUAUGACCUACCUCAGCAACACGGGUGACUUUUAAAAUAUGUACUGCAUAUGGGUGUCAUACAAGUGGGAACAAUACAUAUCAUCUGACGCGCGAAGAACAACGAAUAUUCUGUCGAUGCUGUUUCUCAAUAUUUUCUAUUUAAUAAGUAUUAUGUGUUUGCAUAUGCAUGUUCAUGAUGCUUUUGCCAAUACACGC